AUGGCAAGUCACGCAGUCGCUGAAGCUACAGCAGUUCCGACAACCCUCAUUGUAGUCUGCUGCCAUGCGUUCUACGUACCAAAUGGUCCAAAUCCAAUCCUGCCACACGAAUCAGAUCCCAACCUUGCAAACCCAUACCUAGAAUCCAACUGGCAUCUAAAGCCCUUCCAGCGCUCACCCUUCGCUAAACCCGGUGAACACGAGACCUUCAUUCAGCACAUUCUCGCUGGUCUGCAAGCCAUCCUGCAUGGCCAAUCAGCAGACGACUGCGUCCUGGUGUUCUCCGGCGGCCAAACAGAAAGAAGUAUUCGUCCACUAUCUGAAGCUGCCAGUUACUGGAAUGCUGCGCGAGGAGUGCUGCGGCAGACCUCCGGAGAGCAUCAAAUAAGCCUUCUGCUCAGUCUCCGUGGGAAGUCCCGCAUUCUGCUGGAGGAGCACGCUACCGACAGUUACCAGAACCUGCUGUUUAGUAUCAUCGCUUUCAGGAAGGCGUGGGGCUGCUAUCCGAAAAGUGUGCGAGUUGUUACCCAUGCGUUCAAAGCCAAGCGCUUCAUGGCUCUUCACGCGCGCGCCAUCCGUUGGCCAGAACACCGCUUCCAAGUCCAAGGGAUCGAUCCGAUCAUGUCAUAUUCUGAACUCGAACUUACGAAACGCGGCGAAGAGAUCAACGCCUACGGCCAGUUCCUGAACGACCUCUACGGCACCAAGCUGGCCCAUAGUCUUAAGCGAAAAGAACGAGGCUGGGAUGAGUGUGAAGAAGCUUUCAAGCGCUGGGUAGCUGAGUUUGGAAAGCCGACUGAGCAGGGGCUUGACGACAGUGCUGUGAAGGAGCUCCUUCAGUGGCAAGGUGGACGCGGCGGUAGGGAGCUUUUCUCCAAGCGUAUGCCGUGGGAAGACGACGCAUAA